AUGCCACUCAAGUCCAAGGAGCUUCUCCACUACUUCUUGCAAGCUGGUGCUACUAUUGGACCCUUACCAGUAAGCCCAAACGAUUGUGUCGCCUCAGCUACUAGCAAUCCAGAAGUUCUGCAAAACACAAUGCUGGUAUCAGCACUUCAUUAUGCAUGGAACAAAGGCGAUCUUGCCAUUUUUGAGCCAACGUUCCUAUAUCACAAGAUUGAGAGUAUAAAGCAAGUGAACACUUGGCUUACAUCUUCAUCUCGGGCAAAAGAGGUCCUGCGAUGUGCCAAGUACAUCAGCACUCUUUGCUUCGUCGAGUGUUGUCUUGGCAACUUUGCAGUUGCAGAGUCUCACCUGAACGGUCUGACUACCUACUUGUCCACCAAGGACCGAGAAACCCUCCGACAAGGAUGUCAGUUCGACGUUGACUUGGAGUUGACAGAUCGCUAUCUCAUAAUAGCCAGUAACAUGAUACACAGCACCAAAAGCCGUUUGGCCGAGGUUGUCCCUGCCGAAGUAAUAUCACCACAACCAGAAACGGAAAUGGAGGUACCAGAACUCAGUCGGAUGAUACAUAGGAUGCAUCUUAACGAGGUCAAUGGCCCUGAACUGCGCCUAAGAGCUUUCCGUAUGGUACCCUUCUUCUUCGGGUCUAUUCCACCAGGACGUGUGCCCAAAGAUAUCGAUAUGUUCCCGGCGGUAUCCAUACUUCGACCAAUUACACGAUUGGCAAUGAUGGCAAAUUCAAAGGAACGUGGCGGUGCAGAUGUUCCCAUGCCUUGGAAUGUCUGGAACAGCGGGCUUUCUUCAAAGCUGCUUUACACAGUAAUCACAGCACAUCUUCAAUCAUUCUCAAACAAGAUACCACUACCCACUCCUGGCGAGCCAGUCUAUUUGUCAGCUUGGUCUGGGUUUUGCUCCGCUGUCGACUUUUAUCUCACAACUGUUCUGGGAGUCUGCAAUCAAGGGCUUCCUCCAGAGAAACGACUGCAUUAUCUCAAAAUCGACAUUCUUAAACGGGACUUACAAAAGGGGCCGUCGUUGUUUGAGAGCAUGAAUGACGAGACACGCAACUUGUGGUUUUGGAAAGCAUUCAUGGGCGCGUUAAGUGUGACUUACGCUCAAUCACUGGUGUUAGAUGACAAGCUUGAUCUCAUCUUGGAGGAACUUUGCCUCUUGAUUCGAAGCUGGAUGAAGUACACUCACAUUUCGACUUGGAAAGACGCACACUACAUAUUAUCAUGUGUGGUGUGGCCAACUUGUCCGGUGAAGAAGGAGUCGUGUAGUGAUUUGUGGCAAAUGAUAAGUGUUCGGCAAUAA